CUUCCCUGCUGUCCUCCCCCUCAGCCCCGCUGCGCCGCCGCGUCUCCAGGGCUCCCAGCAACUGGGCUGGCAGGGCUUGCCCCACCUCGGGAGCAGCCGGCCAGCGAGGAAGGACGAGCCGGGCGGGAGGCAAGGAGGAGGCUCCGCAUUUCUAAAAGGCAAGAAAGAAAGGAAGGAAGGAAAAAAAAAAAAAACCAAAAAAAAAACCCGGAGCGGCGUAGAGUGGACUCUGGUCCGAGCGAGCGCGGUCGGGCGCCCGGACGUGGACCGAGAGGCACCGGAACGCAAACAAAGCGCGCGGGCGCCCGUGCAGGCUCGGUGGGGAAGCCCAGAAAGUUUGUUUGACGAUGGCCUGAGUGCGCGAGUGUGUGCAGGCGAGCGAGGCCGCCAAGUUCCUCUCCAGGGGCGUUACUGGGAGGAGGUGGCUCUCCUAUGAACCACCGGCGGCUUGGAGGCUUGCGCUGGGGGGGCACCUGUCUCUCAUUUUAUUUUAUUUUUUGGAGGAGGGGUGUACCUCGUCAUGUCGAAAGUGAUCCAGAAGAAGAAUCACUGGACCAGCAGGGUUCACGAAUGCACCGUGAAGCGGGGGCCCCAGGGCGAGCUGGGGGUGACGGUGCUGGGGGGCGCGGAGAACGGGGAGUUUCCGUACGUCGGAGCGGUGGCCGCGGCCGAGGUGGCGGGGCUUCCUGGCGGAGGAGAGGGUCCGAGGCUGGGCGAGGGGGAGCUGUUGCUGGAGGUGCAGGGGAUCCGGGUGUCCGGCUUGCCCCGCUAUGACGUGUUGGGAGUCGUCGACAGCUGCAAGGAGGCCGUCACCUUCAAAGCCGUCAGACAAGGAGGCAGGCUGAACAAGGACCUACGACAUUUUCUCAAUCAACGCUUCCAGAAAGGAUCUCCUGAUCAUGAGCUCCAGCAGACCAUAAGGGAUAACCUUUACCGCCAUGCUGUGCCUUGCACAACCCGAUCUCCAAGAGAGGGAGAAGUGCCUGGUGUGGAUUAUAACUUUCUGACUGUGAAGGAGUUCUUGGACCUGGAACAGAGCGGAACUCUCCUGGAAGUCGGCACCUACGAAGGAAACUAUUAUGGGACACCCAGACCUCCUAGCCAGCCAGUCAGUGGGAAAGUGACCAGGACGGAUGCCUCGCAAAGCCUUCAGUCUGGCUCCAAGCAGUCAGCCCCGAAACGAACCAAGUCUUACAAUGACAUGCACAAUGCUGGCGUAGUCCCUGUGGAGAACGAGGAGGAGGAUGACGCUCCUGAAAUGAACAGUAGCUUUACAGCCGAUUCUGGUGACCAAGACGAGCACACGCUCCAAGAGACAACACUACUGCCUGUGAAUAGUGACAUCGUUGCUGCUCCCAUCACGGACCCUUCUCAGAAGUUCCCUCAAUACCUACCUCUUUCUGCAGAGGAUAAUUUAGGUCCUCUACCUGAAAACUGGGAGAUGGCCUAUACGGAAAAUGGAGAAGUCUAUUUUAUAGACCAUAACACUAAAACAACAUCUUGGCUAGAUCCUCGGUGCCUGAACAAGCAGCAGAAGCCUCUGGAGGAGUGUGAAGACGAUGAAGGGGUACACACGGAGGAGCUGGACAGUGAACUAGAACUGCCUGCUGGAUGGGAAAAGAUUGAAGACCCUGUCUAUGGUAUCUACUAUGUAGACCACAUCAACAGGAAGACACAAUAUGAGAACCCCGUGCUGGAAGCCAAACGGAAGAGGCAGCUUGAGCAGCAGCAGCCGCAGCCGCAGCCAGAAGGUCGGCUCCCAGAAUGGACAGAAGACCACUCAGCCCUUGUGCCUCCUGUUAUUCCAAGCCACCCCCCAAGCAAUCUGGAGCCAGCCAGAGAAGCUCCACUUCAGGGCAAACCCUUUUUUACACGAAACCGUUCUGAGUUAAAAGGCAAGUUCAUUCACACGAAACUGCGGAAAAGCAGUCGUGGCUUUGGCUUCACAGUUGUUGGAGGGGAUGAACCUGACGAGUUUCUCCAGAUCAAGAGCUUGGUCCUAGAUGGGCCUGCCGCAUUGGACGGCAAGAUGGAAACAGGGGACGUCAUCGUCAGUGUGAAUGACGCCUGCGUUUUGGGACACACGCACGCUCAAGUUGUGAAAAUCUUCCAGUCCAUUCCCAUUGGUGCCAGUGUGGACCUUGAGCUCUGCCGAGGUUAUCCAUUGCCUUUUGACCCAGAUGACCCCAAUACAAGUUUGGUGACCUCCGUGGCCAUUUUGGAUAAAGAACCAAUAAUUGUGAAUGGACAAGAGACCUAUGAUUCGCCAGCCAGCCACAGCAGCAAAACAGGCAAAGUCAACAGCGUGAAGGAUGCCAGGCCCAGCAGCCCCGCUGAUGUGGCUUCAAGUGGUUCCCAUGGUUACCCCAAUGAUACUGUCUCUUUGGCUUCCUCCAUAGCCACUCAGCCGGAACUUAUAACUGUUCAUAUAGUCAAAGGGCCAAUGGGCUUUGGUUUUACUAUCGCAGACAGUCCUGGUGGUGGCGGCCAAAGAGUGAAACAGAUUGUUGACAGUCCAAGGUGCCGAGGCCUGAAAGAAGGGGAUCUUAUAGUGGAAGUUAAUAAGAAGAACGUGCAAGCUCUCACUCACAACCAGGUAGUGGAUAUGCUGAUCGAAUGUCCAAAGGGAAGUGAGGUCACGCUGUUGGUGCAAAGAGGAGGGCUGCCAGUUCCAAAGAAGAGCCCAAAGUCGCAACCACUGGAAAGAAAAGACAGCCAGAAUAGUUCUCAGCACAGUGUUUGCAGCCACCGAAGCCUGCACACGGCAUCCCCAAGCCACGGCACACAGGUGCUUACUGAGUACCCACCUGCAGAGGCCACGGCUCCAGAUCAGACCGACAACUCUGGGCAGAAAAAACCAGAUCCGUUUAAAAUCUGGGCCCAGUCCAGGAGUAUGUAUGAAAACCGACCUAUGUCACCUUCGCCUGCAUCGGGAUUGAGCAAGGGUGAGAGAGAGAGAGAAAUCAAUUCCACGAACUUUGGAGAAUGUCAGAUUCCAGAUUACCAGGAACAGGACAUCUUCCUAUGGAGGAAAGAAACUGGAUUCGGAUUUAGGAUUCUGGGUGGAAAUGAACCAGGGGAGCCUAUUUAUAUUGGUCACAUUGUACCACUGGGUGCUGCUGACACGGACGGCCGCCUGAGGUCUGGAGACGAAUUAAUCUGUGUCGAUGGGACACCAGUAAUUGGAAAGUCACACCAGCUUGUGGUCCAGCUUAUGCAACAGGCUGCCAAGCAAGGCCACGUCAAUCUCACAGUACGGCGUAAAGUGGUGUUUGCUGCCCCCAAAGCAGAGAACGAGGUGCCGUCACCAGCGUCGUCUCAUCACAGCAGCAACCAGCCGGCCUCCCUGAUUGAAGAGAAGCGCACCCCGCAGGGAAGCCAGAAUUCUCUCAACACCGUGAGCUCGGGGAGUGGCAGCACCAGUGGCAUCGGCAGCGGCGGGGGCGGUGGCAGCGGCCUGGUGAGCACCGUGGUGCAGCCCUAUGACGUGGACAUCCGCCGUGGGGAGAACGAGGGCUUCGGCUUCGUCAUCGUGUCUUCCGUGAGCAGGCCUGAAGCAGGCACGACUUUUGCAGGCAAUGCAUGUGUAGCUAUGCCUCACAAAAUAGGUCGGAUUAUUGAGGGGAGCCCUGCUGACCGCUGUGGCAAGCUGAAAGUGGGAGACCGGAUCUUGGCUGUAAAUGGAUGUUCCAUCACCAACAAAUCCCAUUCAGACAUUGUCAACUUAAUCAAGGAAGCGGGAAACACAGUUACCCUCCGCAUCAUUCCUGGGGAUGAGUCCUCAAAUGCUACCUUGCUGACCAAUGCAGAGAAGAUCGCCACCAUCACCACCACACACACGCCUUCUCAGCAAGGGACCCAAGACACAAGGAACACCACCAAACCAAAGCAGGAAUGUCAGUUUGAGUUCAAAGCACCCCAGGCAACACAGGAGCAAGAUUUUUACACUGUGGAACUGGAAAGAGGAGCCAAGGGAUUUGGCUUUAGUCUUCGAGGAGGCCGAGAGUAUAACAUGGACCUCUAUGUUCUGCGGUUAGCAGAGGAUGGUCCUGCGGAAAGGUGUGGAAAGAUGAGGAUUGGUGAUGAAAUUCUGGAGAUCAACGGCGAGACUACCAAGAACAUGAAGCAUUCUCGGGCUAUAGAACUGAUUAAGAAUGGUGGCCGCAGAGUACGUCUGCUUCUGAAGCGGGGAGAUGGCUCGGUGCCAGAAUAUGACCCCAGCAGCGACCGGCACGGCCCCCCCACCGGUCCCCAAGGUGUUCCGGAAAUGAGAACCGGGCCAUCCGACCGCCAGCAGCAUCCAUCAUUGGAGUCCAGUUAUCCACCUGAUCUUCACAAAUCAUUACAACUUGGGGAAAAGCGGGCACACGUCAAAGACCCAAAAGGCAGCAGAGAACAUAGCAGACAGCCCAGUGAACACCACACGUGGAAUGGAACUUCUAAAAAGCCCGACACUGGGGCAUGCCGACCCAAGGACCGGGCACGAGAGGGACGAAGAGAAACACCGCCAGAGCGGGUGGUGGCCAAUGGACCCAAGCGGAGGUCUCCAGAGAAGCGGCGGGAAGGUAUCCGGAGUGCUGACAAUACUUUGGAAAGGAGGGAGAAGCAUGAGAAGAGAAGAGAGGUUUCUCCUGAGAGGAGGCGGGAACGGUCACCGACCCGCAAGAGAGACAGCUCGCCCAGCAGUCGGAGAAGGUCUCUGGAAAGACUCUUGGAUCAGAGAAGGUCUCCAGAGCGAAGGAGAGCCGGCUCCCCUGAAAGGAGAGCGAAGUCCACCGACCGGAGGCGAGCACAGUCUCCGGAGAGAAGGAGAGAGCGGUCACUGGAGAAGAGGAACAGAGAGGACAAAGUCAGCCACCGAGAGAGGGAAGAGGCGAGUCUGAAACAGGAUGCCAGCAGGAGUUCCAGACAUCCCCCAGAGCAGAGACGGCGACCUUACAAAGAAUGUAGCACUGACCUCAGCAUCUAAGAUGCUGAGUCACAUUCCAACCUUUACUGUGUCAAAGGUUUUUAGAGGAAGGUCACAAACCUGAAAUUAUUUAGUUUCUUACCUGAUAAAGCACCUGACACCUGAGGAUCCUAUGAAUAGCAACAUUUUAUGCAUUUGAAAUAUUAUAAGAAAAACAAAUAUAUGAAAAAUGUUGUGCCUGAUGUAUAAUAUUAAAGAAAGUAUUUUUAAAUGGAUACUUUUUUGGAAAUUAUUUGCCAAAUGCUAGCCCAAAACUGUAGAAUUGACAAAUUGUUCCCUUUUUUUGGGCAAUUUUUUUUUCUCCCCUGGUUAAAUGGGGCUGUUAGUAAUUUUCUCUUAGUAAGGGAAAUCACUGAUUAAGUUUAAUUUGAUAUAGACUUCUGUAGCGAUUUAGUGCUUAUACUGUAGUAAGGAAGUUUUUCUUAAAAGAUCAAAAAGGCAGAGUUAUAUUGGUAAAAGCUUAGGACUCUGUGGGCUGGAUGAGGGUUGAGCAAACUGUUUGAGGAGACCACUGUUGCAAGCGAAGGCCGUUUAUAGAAAAGCUACACGGCACAAAGAAAAUUUAUUUUCUUGACUUAUUGUUGGUUCAGAAAACAGUUUAUACUCUCCCUGGCCCAAGAAAGACACAGAGGCAAAAAGGUUGGCCGCCAUUACCCAAACAGCCCAAGCACCGACGGUCAGGCUUGUUUGGCAUCACCAACGUCUGAUAGGAUCUCCUUAAGGCAGUGCCAUCAUGGCUUUGCUCAGCCACCAGAAGGAAUGAGCAAAAUCACCUUCUGUGUUGUCUUGUGUGAUUUGAUGCUGGAUAGCAGAGGAACAGGAGACAACAUGCCUAUAUGGAAGGGAUGCAUCUCCUGUUUAUCAUAAGCCAGUGGUUGUCCUUUGCCAAACUGGGGAUGAGGGAACGAGCCUUGGUGGAAGGAACCUCUCUGUUGAUAUUUAAAGAAGUGAGGGCUGGAAGUGCUCAUUCUUAGAAAGGCUGAUUUCACUUUGAAAUCAUAAGAAAAGGCUCCAGGAUGAUUGAUGGGGAAGGAAGGAAGCCAUCCCAGUGAUUCUAGAUCUGGUUGGGAAACCUCUGCCCUCAUGACCCCGUCCUUUGCGACUUUGGACAAAAGAGCAAAACACAAAGAGUUUUCUUUUUCAUUCAAUGACCCACUCUUUUAUGAUCUCGCAGGAGGUAUGGUUGGGUCUGCUGCAGCCCCAGGAUGUGGUUUAAAUGGACUACUGCCUAGCUGAGCCAAAACGUUUGCUUGUACCUGUUGGACCACUACAGCAAACUGCUGCUUACCAUGCUUUGUGUAUUUCUGUAGUACUGUUUUGCAUUUUCCGCACAGAUACAAAGCUUUGCAAGUCAAUCACUGUUGUUCCUGUGGUACUGUAAAAAAAAGGGGGGGGGCAAAAAAAAAAAAAAAAACAGAAAA